CCAGUCUCGAGCAAGGAUCCUCGAGUAGAAGCAGCUGAAGAAGAAGAAGACGCCAAGUAGACGGCGACGGAUGCAUUGCGCUUGGUCGCAACACAAACGCCCAGUUUGGACACAUCGGCGGAGCAGAAUAUGGACGAAUCCGCUGCUGCUUUCAACCGCACCCUGGCUGAACGAGGAGGUUCGACACAAGCUUCCUUCGCGAGCGCACAUUUCGACCGCCUGCUACGAUGUACGGCCACGCCUAAGAGCACGUGUCAACUUCAGGAUCACCUUUCGAAGGUCAAUGACUUGCUAUUUUACGCUAAGUUGGAACUGCGGGAACUGCCGGCACUGUGCGGGCAGCUAGGGCUAGUGAGCCUGGAGGAGAAGUACCUGUACAUGCCCUGGGGGCAGGAAAGUAUAUUCCAUCAAGCACUAGCGCUUGCUUACCAGAUUGUGAGGACGCACCCGUGCGUACUGCACGUCCACAUUGGUCGUGAUCUAUUCUCGUCGAAUGGACUGCUAAUUUGCGACGCCCUCAAAUUCAACCGUUCCACUAGGGCACUCAAUAUAGACUUCAGAGGGUCUGUCGUUAACCAGAAUCUCGGCGACGUCUUCUGUUCUUUGAAACAACUGGAGGAAUUGGAAUGUGUGGCGCCGGGGUUAAGCGACGAACUGUCAUCUGCUCUGUCGACUGUUGUUCGCGUCAGCACAUCGCUGAUGUCUCUCAAGGUUGCAGAGCUGUGUAUGAUAGGCAGCACGGCAAGGACAUUCGUCGCAGCUCUUAAAGAAAAUACAACGCUGAAAGAGCUGUCAAUCCACGGUUCUGUUAUACGCGAAGUUGGACCGGACGAGUUCGCGCAGUACCUGAGGGACAACACCUCGCUGACAAAACUGAGCGUAACAUCAGACUGCGCCGAUAGUCGAAACUCCUCUAACUGGAUAGCUGAAGGCCUCCUCUACAACAAGGCAAUCAAGACCGUCAACCUGAACAGCAUUCAGUUUGACCAAGAGAACGCCAGACUGGCAGCGAGGAUUUUCACGGAAAAUCGAGUUAUUCGAAGCUUCAAUUUAGUUUUGUGUUCGCAACCUUUGUUUGAGCGGAGCAUAGACUACAACUCCUUGUAUGCCCCAUUAUGCAACAGCGAGACGUUGGAAGAACUCAGCCUUCCUAUGUUCAUCUGGAACUCGGCGCAGUGGGUGGAAUUCUUCUGUAUCGCUUCGAGAAAAGACACUCUCAAAAAAUUGAGCAUUUCCGACCAUGCCACAGCUAAUCGUGACAUGCACGUGCUGUGCAAAGCACUCAAAGAAAGCGGAGCCGAAGAGAAAGUCUCGUUCGGAACCUACUUCGUCGACAGCAACUUGGAUUUGAUUUACUGUAAGGCAUUCUCGGACGUGGAUCUAUGCUGCAGCCCCAUUAUUGCAGGAGAGCUCUCAUGUGCCUUGCAGAAAUUUAUGCACAUAACAUCCGUGCAAAUGUAUAUGAGGCUGGAUGAAGUGGAAACCGUUUGGGCGGUCGGCGCGUGCGUAGCAGCUGCGAAGUUCCUCCGGAAACUGAGGCUGAUUAUGUGGUCGCACUAUGACGACCCGAUCGAAGGUAUGAACGCGUCUUGGACAAAGAUAGUCGAGUCGCUUUCCAGGAACACAAGCAUCAAUGAGCUGGACGUGAACGUUCUUCCCGCCUGCAGUAACAGCGGUAACGGCCACGUGCCAGACAAACACGGAGUCCAACGUCUCGCUCAAGUUAUCAAGUCUAGCCGGACCAUACGCAGAGUCUCGCUAGGCGCUGGCGAACCAGGCAUAGUCACCGCCUUGCUUCGGCGUUUAUCUGAGGAUAUCGCGGACAACUACAACCUUGUCCAGGUCGACGUAUAUGCAGUACUGGACACAGAAGCGGCGCGGAACUACUACAACGUUUGCGGCACGGUGCGUCGAAACUGCGGCCUGGUGACACGCGCGGCGCAGUUCGCCAGAGGACGUACACUGGACAGGCACUGCGCCCAAGCUUUAGAACGGGUCUGGCGCCAUGGCGGACUGCUCGAAGAGCUCGCCGAGCAGCUGUCCCUUAGCGUGGUCGACGCCUCUGCCAUUGUAAGACGUGGGCUGAGGAACAUGGAAGGCUUGCACGACUUCAUGCGGCUCGCCCGCGUCGUCCGGGACUGCGUCGAGUGCAACCCCUGCCAGGACAGUGGCCCUCAACUGGACAGCCUCAACGAGGAGUGCUGGAGGCUGAUUCGUCGCUACCUCAUGCUAGACGACGUCAGGCAGGACGCCGUGACCGCGAUGCUCAUUCAGUGAUCACAUGGUCUUUGAGGCCAACUUGACAGGCCAGUGAAUACAUUGUUUUGCUGGAAGAAAAAUGACGGCCAGCAGAAGGAAAGCUUUUGGUCCCGGGAGACAUCACCGUGGAUCCUCAGCAGGAGAGACCCUUCGUUGGGACCAAUGUUCUGUCUAGAAACCGGUAUGAAGACUGUUGAAAAACUUGCUUUUGCUCGCAGUGUGUCUUCAAAGGCUCCAGAAGUUGACAGAGAGCGCCGUGUGUGUCGCAUCCUCUAUUCUGUUGUACGGUGUACGUCUUUGCGCUGUUUUUAAGUACUAUGGAAAACCACCAACUCACCCAAUCUGCCCUUCUUCUUCAGUUCGUUAACUUGGUCGGCUGCUUUGUCGCACAGUGCUUUGCAGAACAUCGAGUCCCACAGGGCGUGGAAUAUGCCAACUUUUUAAAAAUUUCGACGAAAUGAUGCACAGACGAACCACAGCCAUAUUUAGAAGUGUCAUUGGCAUUCAAGUUUCGCAUCAUAAAAAUUAAUCUGAUGAUCUUGAUUCAGUAUAUGGACUUACUUAUAUAGAGCUAACAAGUUAGUGCAACUGCGCUCAACAACGGCGCUCGGUACAGACUGGAACCUGUUUCCGUAGAAGGCGUCUCGCCGAUGAAUAUAGAAGAGCACAAUCCCAUCUGCUCUCUCGCCUUUCCUCUCUGAUGUGGUAGGCUGCGACAGCGUUUACAUGCACUGUGUGAGGCGACUAACCGCCCUGAAUCUACCCGGCGCAUUAAUGCGAUUCGCCUUCCCAACGUAUAAACUCCCAGUUCGCGAUGCGCUACUGUCAUGCCCGUGAAGCGACCAACACGGUCCACUCGCACUUCCUUGGUGUAUCGUGUCAGCUGCGGGGAAAGGGAGCGUCCGCUUGAAGAGAUUCUUUCGAUAUGAGGUCAGGUGUCAGGGAACUGCCUCUCCUAGUCCUUUUUCACGCUACCCGCUUUUGCUGUGAACCACCACCUUUGUUACAACAACUGUUGAUAUUGGAUUUUUGUGCGCAUCACCGCGGCGUUCUCAAUACUGCUGAACCAAUGUGACACCGCCUGCCGUGGUGGCGUAGUGGCUGUGGCGUUGCGCUGAUAAGUUCGACGACGCGGGGUCGAAUCCCGGCCACGGCAUCCGCAUUUCAGUGUGGGAAAAAUGCAGAAACACUCGCGUACCGUGCAUUGGUGCACGUUAAACAACUCAAGGUGGUAAAAAAAAAUAAAAAAAUCGAGAGUUCCCCAGUAUGGCGUGCAUCAUCAUAUCGUGGUCAUGGCACGUAAACCCACAAGAUUGUUCUGCUGUAUCAAAACAUUUGUCUCUCGAACAGACAAAAGAAGAGGGUGCAAGUUUAAUAUAAUUUUACUAUAUGGGUGUGGUGGAGGGAUGCGUGAGUUGUUUGGUUAAUACUCCUUAGUGGUACGCUAUAUAUAGCGCUGACGUACCGUACAGUGCGGCAGCGCGAACGAACUUUAGCAGGAAACGGAGAAGAAUCUCUUCCAUUCAGCUCGCAAAUUUAUAUAUAUAUAUAUAUAUAUAUAUAUUGAGAAGUGGUGGCGGUUUGGUAUGUUCUGCAUGUUUUUAAAUUAUGGGGCUUUACGUGCCAAAACCACUUUCUGAUUAUGAGGCACGUCGUAGUGGGGGACUCCAGAAAUUUCGACCACCUGGGGUUCUUUAAUGUGCACCUAAAUCUAAGCACACGGGUGUUUUCGCAUUUCGCCCCCAUCGAAAUGCGGCCUCCGUGGCCGGGAUUCGAUCCCGCGACCUCGUGGUCAGCAGCCCAACACCAUGGCCACUGAGCAACCACGGCGGGUGGUGUGUUCUGCAUAGACACUGAUACGUUAAUACACGGUUAAAACGGCCCUCGUUAUAUAUUUACACUCUACAAUCCUAUAACGAUAUCUUUAACUAUCUCAAUAUUAAACAAACGAGAAAGUUAAUGUAUAAAUCAAUCACUUCGUCUAAACAGAAUCAAAUAAACAUUGCUUACGCCACAACACUUACAAGGGCACUGCGUUCGUUUCGGUUUAGCGCAAGUCGGAAAGUUUAAAACGAUCUCUUUUCUUCCCCCUCUCUUAGAUGUGUACUACGUAUCCCGUGUAAGCUACAAGCUACGCAGCCGCAAACACUUGCGAAUCAAGUGAUACUGCGUUCGGUCAGCGCAGGAAUCGAGUGUUCAGCGGUUGCAUCAAAUCCGCUCUUCAUAAACCGCGCAAGUGUAUAGUCACGCAAUAACCGCGCAAUACCUUGCGGCGUCGUGCCGUAAUAUCUGGUGGCUCGUUCGCCGCCAAGGAUCGAGUCCGAGCGCUCCCGCUUUGACCGUGAUGUAGAAUGAGGAAACCUCCAAGGCGAUUCUUUUUUAGUUGAGCGUCUGCGCAC